GGAGGAGAAGGAGAUGACCAUUGGAGAUCCUAUUACAGAAGGAAAGCAGGGGAACCAGGGAGAUCUGAAGGAAGUAAACUUGGUUGAGCAUCUGUGUCUCCUUUGUCACCGAUCUCCUGAAAGACACACGUUAAUUCCCAGGGCCAAAUUGCCCAAACUCCCAAAGAGGUCUUGAUCCCCUUUCCCUCCUUCCUGGUUUAGACGCCUGGAGGACUUCCAAGGCUCAAGGAAUCAGUGAGAAAUGUAUGUUAUUCUCCCCUCCCUAGGAAGGAGCGGUGCUGAAGUGUUUUUCUGUCCCUGCUUUGCGGGUGAGAUGGCUGCUGGAUGCUUCCUGGAGAGGAUGCCAAGCCAAGUUGAAUAAACAUUCUAAGCAUCGCUCCAAAAGACUGUUUCUCCAAAAGACUGUUUCUCGUUUCUUGUUGGGAAACUGCUCUGGCUGGCUGCUGCGAGGUUCAGCCUAUUGUGCUUUGGAGGGUUCAGUCGAUUCGGCUGCGUUGUGUGAAAUCCGGCUGUCGCUGGAGGCUCACGUGCCUUGGAGGCUUUUUCUGGGCGUUUAGCCAUCUUCUUUCCUAGCUUAAGAUGCUUUUGGGUACAAAACUGGCUUUGCAGUUCUCCUGGGAUUAAGGAGCUUUUUUUUUUUUUUUAAGUCUUUUAUCCUCUGUGAAUUAAUUGCUUUUAAGUCCCUUUGUAAUAAAAAUCUCCUUCUGACGCCUGUUUAAAAGGGAUUCUAGUCCCCCUUUACCAGACAAAGGAACCAAGUGCCUUCACUCAAUCUCCUUGGUCAAAGUGCAGGCGGAUUCAAGUGAAAAAGCAACCCAUCAAAAUGAUUCUUGCCAAUCAAAGAAGCAGUUUUCACCCUUCUGUGCCAUUCUUGCACACCUUGCCCUUUGGAGCCCAAGUGUCAAGGUGAUUUUUUGGUGGGGGGGGGGAUGUAUUCAGAGGCUGACAAAGUUCAGGAGGGUUUCAGCAAACCCUGCUCCAAAGGAUGGGGUAUUCUCCGUGAUUUCACGCAGUAUUUUUGUAGCAGGCCAUGAAGCUUUAGGAAAAAAGAAUCAUCUCACUUUGUCCCUCCUUCAGGACGUAGCCCCUCGUUUCCCACUGAUCAGUGCUCUGCCUCUGCCCUCCCUUUGUAGCCGCUCUCUGAGAAGCAGAGGUUUGUUUUGACUCUCUGCUUACCCCAGCAAGCACUGAGCUAAACCCCGUUGCAGGAUACCUGUCCAGUUUCAGGAUAACAAGAGGACGUACCUAGGCCCCCUCACUCUGCAGUUCAGGUGUGGGCUACACCUGAACUUUGCUCUGCUCUCCAGAGCCUGGCUAACCCUCAUGGUAGCAGGGAGAGAAUCUAGCUGCUGUGUCAAAACCCUGCCAGUGAGGUUGCCCGUUGUCCCUUUUUGCAUCCCAGGUUGUUGACUCACCCAGAUCUAUCUGAUCUUGGGCUGCGUGUUUACCAGGCCGAGAACAGCUCUGUGACACAGGAGCACAAUGUUGAAAUCCACAGAGCCACAUCUCUCCUUUUCCUAUGCAGCCCUCUCGUGUUUCAAGAGCUUUCAGAGUGGCAUUUCUGUUGAGUAAAUAAUCUGUUGGGGUUUUUUCCUUCCUUUCUUGAUGGGCAGUGAGCAAACAUCAGUAUUCUGUGGUGAGGAGUUGGAACGAAUGCUGAGUAGGUGUCGCUGGAGUUGCCCCAAGCAGGAACAGGAAGAGAAUUUAUCUAUUUGCAACUGGUCUGCUGUAUUGCUGGAAGCACAGUGUUUUUCUUCCUCGAGUGAGACAAUCCAAAGGCAUUCACUGCUUUAUCCUGUUCCUUGAGAGCCCUGAUGGCCCACGCUGAGCAUCACGAAGCCCAUAUGGCACAUAUGGGCCAUAACAUGACUGACUCCACAAGCCCCACUAUGGAUCCUCACGCCCACCAUCACGCCACGACCCCAGGACACAUGCAUGGAGGAAUGAUGGAGAUGACUUUUCACUUCAGCUAUCAUAACGUGCCCUUGCUGUUUUCCGGGCUUGUCAUCAACACAGCCGGAGAAAUGGCUGGAGCAUUUGUGGCCAUUUUCUUCCUGGCCAUGUUCUAUGAGGGCUUGAAGAUUGCCCGGGAGAGUCUCCUCCGGAAGUCGCAAGUCAGCAUCCGUUACAACUCCAUGCCCGUCCCAGGGCAGAACGGGACCGUCUUGAUGGAGACGCACAAAACGGUUGGGCAACAGAUGCUAAGCUUCCCUCACCUCUUCCAGACAAUCCUGCACAUCGUCCAAGUGGUGGUCAGCUACUUCCUGAUGCUCAUCUUCAUGACGUACAACGCUUACCUCUGCAUCGCCGUGGCCUUGGGUGCAGGGGCGGGCUACUUCUUCUUCAGCUGGAAGAAGGCCGUGGUGGUGGACAUCACCGAGCAUUGCCAUUAACACAGAGCAGUACUCUUCGCUAUUCCCUACCGCCUUCCCAAAGGACCAGGUUUACUAGAAACAUGCCAAGGAAAGCCAUGGGACGCCCUCCAGUUUCCAGAGGGUGAUCCUUGUGCCUCUCGCUCCUCUCCCCACAUUUCCCCUCUUCCCCAGACUUUCGGUGGGGAGAUUCCUGAGCCAUGGGUAAAAGAGUUGGCAGCCAGUUAAGGCAACCUACUUAGAAUGAUUGAUUAAUGUAAUAAUAGAUGGCAUUCGUGAUGGGGUUUUGUUUUAGACUGUACCAUGAUUUAAAGGAGCUGGCAGGCUGACGAGGGAAUUCCAUGUUCUUUCUGUACUUUAGCAGCCUAUGUUUCUAGUGGGGUGUGGUGAACCACUCAGGCCAGUACAUUUGAUCGGUGAUCUAGCAAGUGCCAAUUCUGCCUGUCCUUGUUUCCUUGAGAAAUCAGCUGUGCUUUGUGCUCUCUCAUACAUGCCAAACAGUUGUGUUGACUUGGGUCUGGGAAGCCACGGUCUUUGCCCCAUAGCUGCUCUGGACUUCCACCGGUCAAAAUGAACCAUCUGCCCUCCUCCAGUUACAGCGCGCGGUUCUAGUUCUCCACCGCGACGUGCUGAUUUAAUGAUGAAAAAUGGAAAACGAGUUUGGGUUUUUUUUUAAAGUUUUAUAUUUUAAAUAAACCUAUAGCACAAGGGUUUUUAGUUCUUUCUGAUUUGCAGGUUGGCAUCAGCACUUACUUUUCUUCUUAAAUGUUAAACCAAACUGUUAUGCCCCACUUAAGACCACAGCAGCUUCAGACAAGGCUAGGUACAAGUUUUAGGCAGAGUGCAACCCUGCACUCAUUCAUCGGGGGGGGGGGAAUUUCCUUUUACGGAGAUCGUUACUGUGCCUUUUUCAGCCUGCGCUAGCUGUUUAACAGUCGCACGCACACCCGUGGAUGUUAUUGUUUAGGCAUCCCACUUCAGUUUCAAGCCUUUGAGGAAGUUCUUUAAAACAUUGCAAAAAUUUCUUCCUAGAUUGGAUGAAAUGGUUGUUUAACUUGAAUAUAAUCAGUUGCACGUCUUGAUCCUCCUAAUUCUAGGGAGAAUUGACCUACUCCAUGUUUUGCUGAUCCUAAUUAGGGAUGGAUAGCCAUAUGCCGUCAAGGUGGCUGAAGAGUAGUUUGUGCGAGGGCUUUUCUGUAAGUCCCUGCUUACAGCCGUCUCCAUGUGUCAAAGAAGGCCACCAGCAUGGUCUUAGGGGAGAGGUAACCUUUCAGGGCACGCUUGGGAGCCCAGAGCUCCAGUGACAGGCAUAGGUAUGGGAGGGGGGAGCUUCUGAAAUGUCCGUUGCAUCAUCACCAUGCAAACCAUGUAAUUUAUUUAGUUGCACCAGACGACAGGAUGCAAAAUAUGAAAAGCUGGGAUUUGGGUCUUGACCUCGCAACAGACAUUUUGUCAUGUCCACAUCGCAGCAGUUUCAGACACUUCUGUCAGGCGAUUAUGCAAAGGAGAUGGUGCUGGAAUUCCUCCCUUCUUUUCAGCUGGGUGCUUCUUCUUCUGCCCAGCUCUGCUAAGCCUAUUGUAGGAUUUGCACUACUGUUAAGAGGUCUUGAAAUGGUGAGAAAUUUUGCCACCAGCUUUCAGCAGGAGUGAUCAGAGGCUCUGGGAACCCCUGAUAAGGGACCUAUAACAAUCAGUUUUCUACCGUCUUCUCUCUGCUGCUGGCAUUCACAGAUACAGUGCAUUUCAACUAUAAUAGCUAAUAGCCAGUUUGGGGCCUAGCUUUGCUUUAAACCUGAGGGCCCUGCAGAGCUUUUGUGAACCACGAUUUCCAGUCUAAAAGGGGACCAGGUUGUCUUAAUCCCAACCUGAAAUUCAGAAAACCAGUAGCCACCCUAUGGUAAUCAGGGCAGAAAAUAAUCUUAUAUCUCGCCUGCUGGUACUGUGACAAUCAACCCUCAAUUUAGCUUGCUCCUGAAGUUAAAAGUAGAAACAAUACACCAAUCAACUGUCAACUGUGUAGCAUUAAGUUAAUUAACAUAAGUUAUGGUUCGGAAGCAUGCUCAUUUAGAUUAACUGAACCAUGGUUUAUUCAAUUAACCCAGUUUUCCAGGUUCACCCAAUGCAGUGCUAUCUACUCAUCACACAGGCUAGCCUAAAAUGGAGUUGGGUAGUUUGAGGUCCAGUCUAUCACAAAAACGCAAUCCGCGAGUCAUAUUUCAAGCUAUAACAGGUCUUCAAGAAGAGCACACUUAAGUGUUAUUUUAAAAAAAGAAUUUUAGCUUCGUGGAGGAUUAGGCUCAGUGGCUACUUUGAUGGCUGUUUUUAAACUCCUGAAUGGCAAAUGGCGUCCCUCGAAAUACCAGCUGCUGAGGACUAACAGGGGGGGGGGGGGGGGGACUGCUUUUGAAUCAUGUUUGAGCUUCCUAGGCACACCUGGAUGGCCACUGAGACACACACAAUGCCCCCAAAAUUGCCCAGUAGAAAAUUCACAUUGUGGAAUGAUGCCACUCUUCCCUUGCAAAUCUGAGGUCCAGUUUAAUGCUUUAGCUGCAAGUAAGGAAGUAGAGGCAGGGCUGAGGCUGCUGGAUUGAUAGUUCAGCAUCACCUGGAGCAGCAGAGUUUCUCAUUUUGGGUUUAAUUCCUUCCUUGGCAGGAAGCCAGUGGAAUCUGGAUAAAUAUUCCCUGCACUGGUCAUGCUGAGGAAGGAAACUUUUUUUUAAUUGCCCGAGAGGGAAACGUUCACACAACCUGGAGAACCGUAACCACAAGGAAUCGAACACAUCUGAAGUACCAUGUCAGCUGAGAGUAAGCUUUCAGGAAGCUGGCGUUCACUCUCCAAGAGAAGCAAAGUUGCACAAUCCUACCUCCAAGCUGCUUGGCUCUCCAGUCAAAUGCUGCUAUGACCUCUGCACUCGUCACUUAUCAGCACACAGCAAAUGACAGCCAAACGUUUGCCCAAACGGUGCGUGCAGAAUAGUAAACCGGUACUAUUGUGCUUUUUCCCACUGUACAAUCUAAGCUGGCAGCUUUCAUCAACCCAUCGCCUUAAAAGGCUCCUAGGCUGGAUUUACACAUUGCACCUCAGCCAGGUGGUCUAGUGGGUCCACGGACAUCAUAGGCUAAGUUGGUUGCGCUUCAACCACGGCUAGCUUCCGCUGUAGCUUAGCAUAUUGUGCCCAUUUGCUCACUUUUAUCCAAAAUAGUGUGUAAACCCAGAAAAAGUAAUGGCUCCUUGGUUACUAUUAUGAUAUGAACCUAGCUGUAUAGAAAUUAAGGCUUAUGAGAUAGGUCCAGCUUCAGCAAUUGGAUGGUUUCCUUGUACACUGAUGAGGUGAAAACAAAAAGUUACCUGCCAGCGUCUUUGUCUUAUGUUUGGGGACAGAAAAUCCUGUCCCAUUUGCAGCUGACCAUCACUCAGUAUUGUUCUUCCAUAAGUAUGUUGUUAUUCUGGUGUGUCCCCCCCCCCCCCCCGCCUUCCCCAUUCAGUGUAUCCAUGAAAAAAUGGUGCCUUAGCUGUAUUGCUUCUCCAGGCCGUGUAUUACCAUGCAGGAUGUCUAAUUUAAAUUCAUAGCUGAUGGAAGUGUACCCAUUAGCUCUCAUUAUGUGAAUACUAAUGAUUAUGCCGUUGUAACUACUAAAGCACAGGGGGUCUUAAUGGAAAAUGAUGGGCGCAUGAUACGUUUGCAAGCUGUGCGGUUAAGUUCAGUAGAAUAAAAAUAUUCAACCCAUCAG